ACACGCUGGAAAUCGGAGGGAUUUGAAAGUUCUUUAUGUUACUGCGCUAAAUUGAUAUGACGUUCUCGCGCUGUGGAAGUAUCAACAAGUCGAGCUCACACAAAAUAUCAUGCGAAGGAUCGACCUCAGCAAGUUUUAAACAAUAUAUUUAUUUUCCUUUCAAAGGAUAUAGAAGGCUACAAAUUCUCAUACGUACGAUACAUCUGUGUUAUUAUUGGUUGUAUUCUAAGUGGUGGACUUCUACGGUUACUGUUUCACUGGUUUCCUCACUGGAUGCUAUGGUGUACACAUAGAACCUGUGAUCUCAAUGAGGCAAACAAAGUCAAGAUAAAGGAUAUUUCUGGUAUAUACAUCCAUAAAGUCCAAUAUCCUACACGAAGAAAGUCAAGGUCACAAUAUGACAGUUCAACAACAGACGCUUUUCUUGAGAACCAAACUGAACGCCCAUAUAUCAUACAUAAAAAGCUAAAGUACAUCUGGAACUUUGAGUCUGAAAAUUUCGAGCUACUACAAAACUGGGAUGAGCGUCCUUACGAUGAAGUAUUAAAUGCACCCACCUUAACUACGGAUCUAAUUGAAACUCGUCGAAACUUGUAUGGAAUUAAUAAGAUAGAUGUCAGUCUUACACCCAUAAUGAGGCUUGUUUUGAAUGGAUGUCUCACCCCGUUUCACUGCUUUCAAGUGUUCAGCUGUGUAAUAUGGUUUUGCGUCGAGUACGAAAUAUAUGCAACAUGUAUUGCUGUGUUCUCUGUGACAUCACUUAUUUUUCAGGUUUACGAGCUUCGUAAGAAUGAACGAGCCUUAAAGAAAACUGUAUGCAUUUCAUCUAAGGUUACUGUAUGCAGACGUCGUGACGGGGAAGAUGAUUUUAUGCUUGUCGACUCAACCGAAUUGGUACCAGGAGAUUUAAUUGCCAUUCCGAGUAGUGGAUGUUUGAUGCAAUGUGAUGCAGUAUUACUGAUGGGGAACUGCAUCGUCAAUGAAAGUAGCUUAACAGGUGAAAGCCUCCCGAUUACAAAAAUCCCACUGCCCAAUGGACAAUAUGAAAAUACAACAUUUGAUUUUCGUUCAUGCCCACGACAUAUUCUCUUCAGUGGCACAUCUGUCAUUCAGACACGUGGUGAUAUAAAUAAGCGUGUUUUGGCUGUUGUUAUCCGAACGGGAUUUAUGACCACUAAAGGAGAACUUGUGCGAUCAAUCAUGUUUCCGAAACCCAUGAAAUUUAAAUUUACUCAGGAUGCAUAUCAGUUUUUGGGAGCUCUUUGUGGAGUGGCACUUGUUGGUCUGUGUGUCUCUGUUUAUCUCAUGUAUUGGAAUAAGAAGGAAUUGUACUACAUUAUUUUGAGACCUUUGGACUUAGUAACAAUUGUGAUACCACCUAUUCUGCCAGUGGCGAUGAGUGUUGGAAUCGUUUUCGCUCAAAGGCGACUUCGUAAUCACGGUAUUUAUUGUAUAAAUCCAAGCGUUAUGAAUGUUUGUGGUGUGAUUAAUCUCACCUGUUUCGAUAAGACUGGUACUCUAACUGAAGAUGGAUUAGAUCUCUGGGGUGUCGUCCCAAACAGAGAUGGAGUUCUUGGAAAGCCUGAAUUUGAACCAUCAAAGUUAGAUUACGGACCUUUGAUUGAAUGCAUGGCUACUUGUCAUUCACUGACUCGAAUCGAUGGCGUCUUAUCGGGUGACCCCUUAGAUGUGAAAAUGUUCCAGUCUACCAAAUGGGAAUUUAUCGAAGUUAUUUCCGAAGAUCAACAUAAUUUUGAUUUAGUUAUAUCGGCAAUAGUACGUCCCAAGGAGGAUGAGUGUGGCGACAUAUUUGAAAAAAUACCAUAUGAGAUCGGUAUAGUACGUCAGUUCCCUUUCAGUUCGUCUGUACAACGAAUGUCUGUGAUAACACGUACUUUAAAUGAAUCUCAAUUUCAUAUAUAUACAAAGGGCGCUCCAGAGACAAUUGAAGUUUUGUGUCGACGUGAUACAAUACCUACUAAUUUUCAUUCAAAUUUGUUGGAAUUCACUCGAGAAGGCUUUCGCGUUCUAGCAUUGGCUUGGCGACCUAUCAAGGCAUCAUAUUUACGUAUUAUGCGCAUAUCGCGUGACCGAGUUGAACAUAAUCUUUUGUUUCUGGGACUACUGGUGAUGGAAAAUCGACUGAAACCUGAGUCUGGUCCGGUUAUUAAAACUCUACGCCAAGCGAAUAUACGACCGGUUAUGGUAACAGGUGAUCAUAUGCUUACCUCUCUUUCUGUGGCACGAGACUGUGAAAUGAUUGAUGAACUAGAUCGAGUUGUUAUCGUGACAGCUCGUCCACCACCUUGUCCUGGUAAUGAAUUUACUUCAGACGUGUUAAAUGAAAAUCAACCAAUCCCUGUACCAAAUACUGGAUUUUCCACUGAAAAAAAUCCAAACAACAUUCAGGAUGCCACUAAUUCAGGAAAUAAUCAAAAUUUCUCAGAUGAUCUUAUUAAUUCCCUUGUUCAGUUUCACUAUGCAGAAGACUUACACAGACCGGUUACUGAAGUCGCGACAACUAACAUUCAACUGAAGCGAAAUCUAACUAAAACUGACAACAGAGAGACAUCGAAACAGUCAUUUUCCAAGCGAUUGAAAACAAGAUUUAAUAUUGGUCGAUUACAAAGUCCCUCAAAAGCUUUUACUGGUUUAUCUGCGCUAGGCAAUAGUGCAAUAUACCACGCCGAUUCUGAAAAAGUAGACAAUCAUACCGAUUAUGAAAAAUGCUUGUUUGAUAAAUUAGACAAACAUUUAGAUAAGUCAGAUAAGUACAAGGAUUCCGCUGAAAACCGUUAUGCACUCUCCAUUCGAAUGAUCGAUAGACCUGAUUUCCAUCUGGCAAUUUCAGGGAAAACAUGGUCUGUCAUUCAGGAGCACUAUCCUUGGUUAAUACCUAAACUGGUUGUGAAAGGUACAGUGUUUGCUCGCUUCUCUCCUGAACAAAAAGCACAAGUGAUUGAAGCUCUCCAGUCAGUUGGUUACUUUGUUUCUAUGUGUGGAGAUGGUGCAAAUGAUUGUGGAGCUUUAAAAGUAGCUCAUGCUGGGAUUUCCUUAAGUGAAGCAGAAGCAAGUAUUGCUAGUCCUUUUACAUCAAAGAAACAAAAUAUAAGCUGUGUACCCAUGCUUAUAAGAGAGGGUCGUUGUGCUCUUGUAACAAGCUUUGGAACGUUUAAAUUUAUGGCUGGUUACUCCCUUAUUCAAUCAUUUUCCACAAUUAUACUUUUUGCGAUCGGAAGCAAUUUGUCCGAAUGGGAAUUCCUGUACUGUGAUUUUGUCAUAAUAACGACGUUAAGCUUAACAUUUGGAUAUACACAUGCUUAUCCACAUCUUUCUGCUGAACCACCUACAAUGAGACUUUUGAGCAUGGUAACAAUGAUUUCAUUAUUUGGUCAAGUGAUAAUUGGUUUUAUUAUUCAGGCAACUGCAUUCACAUUGAUUCGCUUUCAAUCUUGGUAUAUGCCGUUAUAUUCGUACUCUAAUAAAGCUGAGUAUAAAAACUACGAAAAUGCGGCUGUAUUUAUAGUCUCCACUUAUCAAUAUAUAAUUUUGGCCAUUGCAUUUUCGAAAGGAGCACCAUAUCGUAAAUCAAUUUUAACUAAUUAUGCAUUUGUGCUGAAUAUUUUGGUGUGUUUUGUGUUAAGUCUUUACUUGACAACUUAUCCAGUUAGUUGGAUACUUGAACGUUUACAAUUAGUCCGAAUUCCUUCUAUUUGGUUCAUACUCAUUUUACAUUCCAUGGUUUUGGCGAAUUUUAUGGCUAGUUAUAUUGUUGAAUCAAUUGUUGAUGGAGUCUCUUUUCGACGUCGUAUACGUCGCAUUCGUCGAGCACUAUUUCCUAGACGUGUGGAACGUAAAGCUUAUGAGCGAAUUCGAGAAGAAAUUGACAGGUCAGCUGGCGUUUGGCCUCCCCUAUUAAGAUCUGCCAGUCUACAAGCAUUACCACGGGAUCUGUUCACCGAUGAAAAUUUAGACGUGACUACUCGUCCUAGAAGUAGACGACUCUCUUCUGCAGUAUCGAAUGACACGGAUGUAGAUGUUGCUUCUGUUCAAAGUGAAAUAACUGACAGACGACAGCUUCCCUUUAGCAGUACAGACGGUGAUAUCGGUCUGCAUAAAGUUGUCAGUAAACACUUCUCUAAUCAAAUGAGUGUAAAUGAAAAUCCAAAUCAAACUUUUACUCUUGGUGGUUCUUUAAAGAAGCGCAAUCUUUCAGUGGACUCACUACAGCAUCAUACUGUUUAUGAUCCAGAUGUAUUUGAUCAUUCCUCAGUAUCAAGUACACCUUCAGCUUUAGAGGUUCCUGUUAUCGAAAGCAUGAGUUCACAUUUGAGAAAUGGGGGUGAAGAAAAUCGUGAAUAAGAAAACUGUCGGUGAAUUAUAUGGUUCUUGAAUUAUGGAAGUUGAAGUGCUUUCAUGCAACAAUUCGCUUCACUUUUUUCAAAGUCAAGUUAUAUUUGCAAUGUCCAUAACCUUUUAUUUUUCUACAAGGUUAACAUAAUUGCUUAUGAUAUAAUUAAAUGCCAAGAUUGUGUACUUUUUAUACAAUGUUCGUUGUAAUAUACUGAAUGACUUUACCUCUUGUCACCUGCACAUAUUUUGAUUUAUUUGCUCUCUUUAAAUGCCAAAAUGUUUACUUCGAUACUGUUUUUUUUUCGGGAAUCCCAGAUAGUGUUGGCAUAAAACGUAUUUUGCAAAUGAUAUUUGUUAUGAAUUUUACUUGAUAUUUGGUAAAUUAACAACGAUGUUUACUAUUUUCAAAAAAUAAACAAAACAAUGUAUUUCAUUACUAUCUAAAAAUGCUAGCUUAACCUAAAUUGUUAAUUGUACUACAACGAAUAUUUUGUAGAAUUUCUUAAGAAAUGUUCUUUAAAGGUGAACAGUUUAUUUGUAUUUUUAUGACAACUUAUUCCAAUAGAUUAUUCACUCAUUGAUAAUAUUUUGGCACAAUGCAGUUACAAAUUGCUGAUCUACCAGCUUUUUAGAAGCGUAGCACACUUUUGUUUCUUUUAACUCGUCUAAAGUAAAGUAAUUAGCUUUUAUUGUCAAAUAUUCUGUGCAACAUGGAAGCUUAUUUCUUUGUUCUGAAAUAAUUCAAUGGUAGGUGGAUACUUAGAUAAUAUAUGCAUGUAAACAUUU